GCAGGGAAGAAGUGAGGCUGCACAAUAGUGGGGACCCUUGUGGAGAGAGGACGCAAACAGCUAUGGACUUAUGGAAGCCGCAGAAUCAGUCCAGGAGCAACUCAUCGACUCCGGCCUCUCCCACCUGCUGCAACUCCUCUCACCCCGUCUACUCCACCUCCCCGUUAUCGUCUCCUUCCUUCUCUGGCCUCGACCUCCUGUUUAAUCUGAGGCUCCUCUUCAUCCCCCUCUACUCUGCCGUGGUGCUGAUCGCGUGCACCGGCAACCUCCUCCUCCUCUUUCUCAUCUGGCACAACAAAAAGAGACACAACACUACAAAUUUCCUCAUCAGCAACUUGGCACUCGUUGACCUGGUGAUGUGCAUCUUCUGCGUCCCUUUGACAGCAGCCUACGCUUUCGACAAGCGCGGAUGGGUGUUCGGAUACCACAUGUGCCAUUUCGUCAGCGUCAUGCAGUCUGCGGCCGUCUAUGCAGCGGUCCUGUCCCUCAUGGCCAUCGCCGUGGACCGUUACGUUGUUGUAGCUUAUCCCAUCCGCAGGAGAGCAGGAUGCCAGUUCUGCUGGGGUCUCGUGGUCAUGAUCUGGCUGUCCUCCCUGGCUUUAUCCACACCUACGGCGCUGCACACAGUCUACCUGGACCUGCGGGCUGCAGGCCUGCAGAUGGCGGUUUGUGAGGAAUUCUGGGACGGCCAGGAGCGAGAACGGCUCGUUUACUCCUGCUUCAUCCUCUUCUUCUCCUACUUUGUCCCCCUGGCCGCUGUCUCCAUAUCCUACUGUGCUAUAUCCUAUCGACUGAAGCAGAAGACCACAUUGAGUUUGACGGCGUGUCCAGAGCUGAGAUCUGCUCGGGGAGUCUGGAGCAGACGGAGGAAGAAGACCUUCUGCCUGCUGCUGGUGUCGGUCGUCUGUUUCGCCUUCUCCUGGCUGCCCUUACAGGUUGUGAACCUGAUUCGUGACCUGGACACAGACUUCUCCAUCUUGGGGAAGAAUUACGUGAAUGUCAUCCAGGUAUCCAGUCACCUGUUCGCCAUGAGCUCCGCCUGCUACAACCCCUUUAUUUACGCCUCCUUGCACGACAAGUUCCUGUCCUACCUGUGUCACAGCUUCCUGUCCCGAGGCAGGGGAAAAGGCAAGGACAGGGCUCAAGUCUCCAGCAUCCUGACAAUGUCUCAGAGAGCGCCGCGCCUCCACACUUCCACCAUUGUAGCCGAUUUACCGGGUGCUGUUAUAAUUAACAUGGCUCAUCAUGAAAACUACACUUAAGCAGUUUUUUUUUUUUUUUCUGAUUUCUGAUGUUUUUUCUGCAGCUCUGCUGGAUGAAACUCGCUGCGCGGCAUUGCUGAAAUCGGAUACAAUGCCGUGCAUUUUCCUCUCUCCAGAUUUAAUCUUUGAAGAAAGCUUCAUCGUGACAAACAAAUAGAGCCAAAGGAAAAUUAGUUUGCAAGGGUUUUCCGGUAACAAUGUGUACAGCUUAUUAUGGUCACAAACAACACGGGUGUAAAAAUAUCAGCCUGCUUUGAUCGGAAGGAUUUCUCUGUGUUAUGUAUAUUUUAAUAAAUUUUCUGAACCUCUACGGAAAAAUAUGUUAUUUUUAGAUUAGAAAUUCAACUUUGCUCUUGUCUUUGCAAUAUUCCCAUCUGAUUGCUGUAUUCUCAUCGCUAAAUUGUUAUUUGUCACCUUUUGUCCACCUUA